AUCGAUGUAUAUUAGACAGAAUGUUGUGCUAUCAGUAACAGUAGUAAAAAUAGAAUUUAAUAUGUUCAAAAUAAAAAUAAAAAUUACAAUUGGGACUGUAUUAGAGAUUUUGGCGCCAGGGUAUGCAUAAUUAUUUUUUAGUAGCACUCUUUAAAUAUUUUAAAUAAGUUUGCAACAUCACUUUCUAAUUAAAACCACGAUUUAAGAAAAAAAUAUAUUAUUUUUUAAACAACUUUCAAUUUUAGCUUCGAUGCGAAGCUGAGAAGGUAUUAAUUUUACUAUGAUGUGUUUUUUUUUUUUUAUGUCUGUUGCCACUUUUUUUCAGCUCUCACUAGACCGAUUUCUUUCAACAAUACGUCAAAAGAUCACAAAUCGUAUCUAGUUGAAGAUAUUACCCUUAAAAAUUGAAAAAUUUUUCUUUGUUCCCCGCAAAUGGGGGAAAUAUCCAAAAAAAUUACAAAUUUAAAAAUCGAUGAAUGAUAUCAUCACCUAUCAUUUGAGCUCAUAUAUUUAAAUCAACUAUUCAAAACUUUCAAAAUGGUUGAUAUCGCUCUUAUGAAACAGAUAUUUGCUACAGUUACUGCGUCAAUAUCGAUAUUUAUAGCUGGUAGUUGGUUAGGAUGGCCUUCUGCAACAGCUGAUAAGUUACUAUACCACAAAACUGAUUUCAAUGUGUCAGUAAAUGAAUUUUCUUGGAUUGUAUCUAUCAUGGAUGUGGGUAAUAUAAUAAGUCCAAUCCCUGCUGGUUACAUGAUGGAUUUCUUUGGCCGUAAAAAAACUGUAUCUCUUUUAGGACCAUUAUACAUAAUUUCGUGGAUACUCCCAUCUUAUGUAGGCAAUAUAUGGUCACUGUAUAUUGCUAGAUUUUUAGGAGGAUUAGGUAAAGGCAUUUCUUAUACUGUAGUUCCAGUUUUUCUUGGAGAAAUAGCAGGAGUGAAAAUACGAGGCGCAUUAAGUUCGGUAUUUGCUAUACAUUUAGCUGGUGGUUUUUUAUUUGAAGCUAUAAUCGGCCCGUACGUGUCAUUUAAGUCAUUAAACUUAAUAACUGCUAUUAUUCCAACUCUAUUUCUUAUUAUGUUUAUUUGGGUACCGGAAUCGCCGUAUUACUUACUGAAAAAAGGACGACGUGACGAAGCUGCAAAAUGCCUCAGAUGGUACAGAAAUGGUAAUGACUCUGAAUUACAAGAAAUGGAAGAAAACGUUCAAAAUGACAUGAAAAACAAAGGAAACUAUUGGGAACUUUUUAAAAACCCAAAAAAUUUAAAAGCAAUCGUUAUUAUUUCUACAGCUAGCUUUGCUCAAAGAGCUGGUGGUAUUAGUAGUUUAAUGGCAUACUCAACAUUAGCACUACCCGAGCCUGUCCCAAUUGGCCGUAAAUCAGAUUACAUAAUUUUAUUUGCUGUGUUAAAAACUGGUGUCAACUUUUUUGGGUUAGCAUUAGUAGAUAGAAUUGGGAGAAAACCUCUGCUUCUAUUUUCAGAAAUAUCACUGGGCUUAGUCACUUUUGUAGAUGGAUUAUUCUUUUUCUUACAAAAUUAUAUUAACAUGACACCAUAUAAUUGGAUUCCUUACGUUUGUUUAGAGCUAUUUCCUUCAAUUUAUGCUUUAGGUAUUGGUUUUAUACCAGUUGUAUUUUUAGGAGAAAUGCUACCAGUUAAUGUUCGAGCUCAUGGUUCAGCUUUUAUGUCAAUAGUUUUGGCUUUUAGUUCAUUUAUUUCUAAUGCAAUAUUUUUAAUUAUAUCAUAUAAAUGUGGAUUUUAUGUCAUGUUAUGGUUAUUUUCAAUUGUCAAUUUUAUCUGUGCUUAUUUUGCCUACAAAAUGGCUAUUGAAACCAAUGGAAAAACAUUUUCAGAAAUUCAGAAUUUGUUAGAAGAAAGCUUAAAAAACAAUAAAAAAAAAUCUAUAUAUAUAAUAUGGACUCUGGUUUGGCGCACGCGGGACUGCAUCGAAACUCUUAGAAGACUUCUUUAAGAACCACGGCCUUCAGC